AGUGGUACUGGCUCGUGAACGACCUGACCCUGCGGCGUGCCGGCGGCCGGUCUGCCUCUUCCUCCAAGUUCGCCCCGCCCCGUCUCUCGGUUCUCUCCCGUGCCCCCACGCCGCCUCGGUGCUCCCACUCUCCUCCCAGCGCCCUCACCCCUGGCGCACCUCUCCCUCUCUCUCGUUGUCCCGUGCCCCUCGCGUGCGCUCUGUCUCUUUGUGGCGGCGGCCCAGACCUACGCCACAGGUGCCUAGAUCGCCAUCUUCGGGACCUUCGCCGGUGACGAGCACCCACCAGCUGAUACAGGAAAUUUACUUUUAUCCAUACUCCACCUACUUUGUUGACUAUGGCACUAGCAGCUAUCUAUAACCUUUUCAUCAUUAACAAAUCUGGCGGUCUUAUAUACUACAAGGACUAUGGUUCAGCAGGGAGGAUGGAUACCAAUGACAGUCUAAGAUUAGCAAGUCUCUGGCAUUCGAUGCAUGCUAUCUCCCAGCAACUCUCCCCUACCCCUGGUUGUAAUGGCAUUGAUCUCUUACAAGCUCAUAACUUUGAUCUCCAUUGCUUUCAAUCCCUCACAGGGACAAAAUUUUUCGUUGUAUGCGAAACUGGAGCUCCAAAUAUGGAAAUGCUGCUGAAAGUGAUUUAUGAGCUGUACACGGACUUUGUUUUGAAGAAUCCGUUCUAUGAGAUGGAGAUGCCGAUUCGGUGUGAGCUGUUUGAUCACAAUCUGGCUCAGGUGAUCCAGAAGGACCGUGUUGCACUUCUGGGUCGGUGAAACUCGAAAACCUAUAGCCUCAACCCUAUCAUGUAUCUUGUACUUUUUCCUUUUUCUACAUUAUUACCCUGGACUUGCUCUGCUGGAAAGUUCUACCGGUGCAUAACCGAUAACUUGAAUAGUGUGUUGCUCGCAUGUAAUCUUCUUUUGAUGUAAAUGGGAUGUAGAGCUUUGCGUGCAUAAAAUGCUGCUGCAAAUAGCAACUCCAUGGAAGCAGCUUUUGUUCUAGCAUGUUUUUCCUGCGAGGAUCUUGAGCAUGCCCGCAUGAUCAGUGAUAUAGUUAAAGGUUUGUUUAGACUGUUGGAAUUUUAUGGCCUAUUUGGAAUGCGGGAAAUAAAUUUCUGUUUC